AUGGCGUGUGCGGGCGAUGCGUCUCAGACGUGUGGUAGCUCGUAUCGUAUUAAUAUUUAUCAAUACCUUGGCACUCCCCCAAAUUCGAAUGGGAAGGUUGUUGUGGCGCAUGACGGGUUUGCUUUGAAUGUCGGCAGCUCCAGUUGGCAGCCAGGUCAGGUGGCGUCUGCUUACGCGGCAGCCGUAGGCACCAACUUCAAGCUCUUCUUGUCCUUUGAUAUGACUGCCAUUUCAUGUGGAGAUGCCGGAAGUGCAAACUUGCUCCGUCAAUAUAUAAAUAAUUACGCCAACCAUCCGAAUCAGUUAUAUUAUCAGGGGAAGCAAGUCGUGAGCACGUUCGCCGGUGACUCGUGUACGUUUGGGCAAGGGGAUUUGAACAAUGGAUGGAACUAUGCUGUGAAACAGGGUGUAUCGAGCUCUGUCAUGUUCAUCCCGUCGUUCUUCUCAGACCCUUCGACGUUCUCAUCUAAUUGGGCCCAGGAUGGUGACUUCAAUUGGAAUGGUGGCUGGCCGAUGGGCGACUACGAUGUCAAUUUCUCGUCAGACCAGUCGCACAUCAAUGCCAUAGGCGGCAAGAAGUUUAUUGCUGCCCUGACUCCUAUGUUCUACACUCAUUACGGCCCAAAUUCUUGGAACAAAAACUGGAUUUACCGAAGUGAUGAUUGGCUUUAUAAUAACCGAUGGGAGAUGCUCAUACAAAAUCGGGCGCAGAUCGACAUUGUUGAGGUCGACUACGGGGAAUCUCAUUACGUAGGUUGGGCCCUGGGACCAGAUCUGGCCGGUGCAGACGCUUGGGUGACAGGCUUUGAUCACCAAGGCUUCCUCGUCAUGAACAAAUAUUACGCCGAUGCGUGGAGGACUGGAACGUACGCAACUAUCACGAAGAAUCAGGUCUUCCUCUUUGCUAGGCCACAUCCCAAGGGUGCGGUGGCGAGCAAUGAUCCUGUGGGCCCACCGAAUAACCGAGACUGGACCGAUGACAAUCUCUACGCCGUGGUCUUCGCUGCAUCCAGCGCCAACGGCGGCUCUCUCCAGCUAUCCAUAGGAUCCUUUAGCAACACGUUCUCGGUUUCCACGGGGGUGAACAAGUUCAAAUUGUCGUUGAGUCCUGGUUCGCCAAGCGCUAUCCUAAAGGAUAGUGGUGGGGCGACCCUUAUCACUUUCUCCCCAUCCAAUUUUAAUUACGUCAACAACCCUACAACAUACAACUUUAACUACUACAUGGCAGCUUCGCCAUGA